AUGGGAAGUUGCAUAUCAGCGCCCAAAAAACUAGUAGGUAUAAUAUCAAAGAAAUAUCAUUAUAAUUGCAAGUCGAAAUCGAAGACCAACUCGAAACAUGCACGUUUCGGUCAUGAAGGUGGACGGAGAUCGGUAAACCUACGCACUAGGGUUUUGAAGGACUCGUCGGGAAGCAACAUCUUUGCAAAGUACAAGAUCGGGGAAGAGUUAGGAAGAGGUGAGUUCGGGGUGACGAGCAAAUGUUUCGAUUUAAAAACGGGAGAAGCUUUCGCGUGCAAGAAGAUAUCAAAGGCGAGGCUGCGGGCGGAGAUCGACAUCGAAGAUGUAAGGAGAGAAGUUGAGAUCAUGAAACGUUUGCCUAAGCAUCCAAAUAUUGUUGCCUUUAGGGAAGCAUAUGAAGAUAAAGAAUAUGUAUAUCUUGUAAUGGAGCUUUGCCAUGGGGGUGAACUUUUUGAUAGAAUUGUCGCUAAAGGUCAUUAUACGGAACGAGCCGCCGUUAGAGUUGUGAAAACCAUUUUAGAUAUUAUAAAGGUAUGCCAUGAACAUGGAGUGGUACAUAGGGAUUUAAAACCAGAGAAUUUCUUGUUGGCAGAUGGAAGUGAAAGUGCCCCAAUCAAAGCAAUUGAUUUUGGCCUUUCCAUAUUCCAUAAACCAGGUCAGCAGUUCAAUGACGUUGUAGGAAGUCCUUAUUAUAUGGCUCCAGAGGUUUUAAGAAGAAACUAUGGCAAAGAAGUUGAUAUUUGGAGUGCUGGUGUUAUCCUCUAUAUCUUGCUUUGUGGAGUUCCUCCCUUUUGGGCCGAUUGUGAAGAAGGCAUUGCAAGAGCAAUAAUAAGAGGAAAAAUAGAUUUUCAAAGGGAUCCUUGGCCAAAAGUAUCGAGUGAAGCAAAGGAUCUAGUUAGGAGAAUGCUGGAUCAAAAUCCUCAAAAUCGGAUAACUGUUCAGCAAGCUUUCGAACAUCCAUGGAUCCAAAACUUGGAAAAUGCUCGAAAUGUGAAUCUCGGGGAACACGUAAGAACAAGGAUUAAGCAAUUCUCAUUGAUGAACAAGUUCAAGAAGGAAGUUCUUAGGGUGGUGGCAGACAACUUGCCAAAUGAACAAGUCGAUUCAAUUACAGAGACGUUCAAUAUGAUGGACACCGAUGAAAACGGGAACUUAACGUUCGAGGAGCUUAGAGAUGGACUUCACAAAAUCGGACAUUCUCUCGAUGAUCCUGAUGUUCAGAUGUUAAUGGAUGCUGCAGACAUCGACGGGAACGGAAUGCUGAGCCCCGAGGAGUUUGUAGUAAUGAUAGUUCACCUGAAACGGAUCGACGGCAACGACGAGCUUCUGUCUCAAGCCUUCACUGUGUUUGACAAGAACCAAAGUGGUUACAUCGAAGUGGAAGAGCUGCAAGAAGCUUUAGGGCACGACAAUCUUCAUCAACAGCUUAUCAAAGACAUCAUGAACGAUGUCGAUAAAGACAAGGAUGGACGAAUCAGUUACGAGGAGUUUAAGGAAAUGAUGGUAACGGGGAUGGACUGGAAAAUGGCUUCUCGACAAUAUUCGAGAGCUAUGCUAAAUGCUGUCAGCAUGAAAAUAUUAAGGCAAUCUGACCAAUUAAAAUGA